CGCUCAGUCAGGUAAAGUACAAUUAUUGUUACGAACAGCGAGGGAGAGCGAGAGAGUACCUACCUAAGGCACACCUGCGCUUGUUGUUGGUUGGUUGGUCGGUUUGUGCUGAUGGUUGGGCUUCAGGGAAAUCUAGUCUUGUUGUUUCGUCUUCGGCGGGUGGAUUUCAGUUCCAAACGCGUACUUCUGCCCAGCACAUCACAUCAUUGUUCGUUGUCGAGCCGCGCGCGCGGUCCACGUGCCAGAAGAAUACUUUCUCGGUGUCCGUCCAUUCCAAACGUGAUUCGGAUUGUUUAAUUCGCGGGUGGCCGUAACGUAGACCUUGAGGGUCUCGCUUUUUUUUUGCUGUGAAUGGUACAAUACUUUGAAUUUGAAUAAUCAAGUGUUACAGCUGUUGGUCAGAGAAUUUUUUGUGCAAUGAACAAAUUACGUGAACAAGUUUAGUGGAAGUUGGUAUUAGACAUGUGCUUCUAAGUACUGCAACGUGAUUGCUUCUGAGAAAAAUGGAUAUUCUUCGUUGAAGAAUCGAUAUAGGCAUAGCUAGCAUUACAGGUGGAGCAGUGAAUAUAGUAAAAAAGGUCAAGGUUGUUCCGAUGCAUGGUGAUUGAAAAUUGGCCAAGUGUGUGAAAUUGCUGGCGACUGAAACUGAUGAUGAUGUGUGAGACCGAGGCGAGGAGAGCAAAACUAAUGCGCGCAAUGGAAGAUGAGAAGUGAAAUAUGUGAUUACACUAUGCAGGCAUUUGAAAGUGAGCAAUGAAGAAGCGCAAUAGUUUAAAUUCAUCGGUUGCGGUUGCAGACGAAUACCACACGGGGCGCGGACGUGCAGUGAUUAAUGCGUGUGGAGCAUAAGUAUCUAAAGCCUUCGUUUUAGCGUAGAGAAGGAAUUAUCAAAUGUGAGUAAACGAAAAAAUGUUAAUAGACACCAUCGAACUCGACAAACAUCGUGAAACUUAGAGGGUGUUAUUGUAACAGUGUGACUUGUUCAACCAAUCCAUAUGGAAAGCGUCGAAUGCAGAUGAACAGCUGAUUGCUUGCGUAGCAUAUAGCAUAACGUUGCAUUAUUGGUGCUGCAAUAAAGUGUGGAUCGAAGACGGUACAGAGCGCACCGCGUAUCUUGAUAUAUCGUAAAGUGCAACGAAGGGCUCCCACUACUCGGUGCAAAACGGAAGGGAAAGUUUGGAUGCGGCGUCGUCGGCGGCAAAUACUUCGGUGAUCAUGAGGCGUGAGAACGGAUGGCGCAAGCGGUUUCAUAUUUGCGGGAUAAUUCUUCUUUGGUUGGCAGCCUGCGUACGAUCGAACGAUGUCACCGAAACGCCGGAUUUACGACCGGCGCUCGAAACCGCUACCACAGACGAAAUCACCACCGUAGAAAGCAUUCAUACGACCAAGACGAUCGAGGAAAUUACCGACAAUAGCAUUUUGAUUAGUCCUACUUCAAGUCAAUCUCUUCCGGAAUUUGAUUCGCAUGAUGCAAACAUCUCUACGGCGUCUGUAGAAGAUGUAGAUAGUUCCACUAAUGAAACAUUGGAACUGAACUCUGCAUCAAAUGAGAUAGAUGCAGGAAUCACCGACCAGCCGGACCAGCCCGAACCGGCUCUGCCAGAUGUGACAACAACUACGGGGACAUCACUGUCGAAUUGUUCCAAUUACACCAUCCACAAAAAUGUCGUUGAUUUGUCUAUCGGCGGUGGCUACCGCCACGUGAUACAUCGAGACCACAACCAUCGGCGCCACGACAAUGAACGGCUGGACCUAAGCGACGAUCAUGACGGUGCAGAACUUGAAAGUCGCAAUCGUACCUUAAUGGACAACGACGCCGCUGCCGCCGCCGUUUCCCAAGUCGUUUACUCGCUCGAUGGGGACUUCUCGGUUUCGUUGAUUACCGGGCGCGACGAUUUCGGUGCAAGCCUGUUCACAGUGGAUCGCAUCAACAAGCUUCAAUUGAUUAAUGAUAAUGGCACUUUAGGACUGAGAAUCGUGGUGGUGCGAAAUGUGACCCAUGCGCCGCAGAUACUGCGGGACGAAGUAGAUUACUUGAAGGAAUGUCUGAGGCAUUCUGUAGGAAUUUUCAUCGAUCCAUCCAUAUGGCCGGUGGUGCAGUCGAUUGUCGAUUCGCUGGACUACAACAUCUACCCAUAUCCAUCGUCGAGCGAUCUGCUCUACACAAAGGCGGCUCAUCUUCUCUACGAGCUACCGUGGUCGAACCCCAACUCAUCGAUAGCGGUCCGAUCGGAAUCGGUGGAAACGUCCAACAAGUUUACCGCCAUCUGCCGGCACGAGCAUCUGUGUUUGGAAAACUUUCCCAGCGAUCAUACAAUUUUCAUCAUUCUGGGGCUUACGCGAUCCGUCAGUUUCGCAACGAAUGGAACGUUGAUUGUGGUGUUGUCCGGGGAAGAUAUGCUCUUCGUUUCAGAUCUACCCAACGAAUCAUACGUUAUUGCUGAGAAUGAAAUCAACUUGGCAUGGAUGGAGGAUAAAUUACUUAUAGAUAGUGAUCGUUACGGAACGAAGAUUUUGGCCAGUGAUGUGCUUUCCGCGGGCUCGGUAUUUCUGGAAGUCGUUGAGCUAUUAAACUUGCGAACGGGAAAUAAUUGCUCAGAUACCGAUGAAGGUCUUUGCUCAAAUAUAAAUGGAACAUUGGAUAACUGGAAGUACUACGCGAAGCUUCCAACUCAGAAAAUUAUUUCAAUGCUCAAUUUGGACAACUUUACACAAUCAAUGACGUUUGAAAUGCGCCAAAAAUUUGGCUUCAAGGCGAACAAUAGUGAAGAGGUAUUGGAUUUGAAGCCGAUAGCCAGCUCAAAUAUGGUGACAAACGUUACGACACUGUUUCACCUGAAUGAAUUCAAAGAGCAAUCCCAUGAACCUUUGAAACUAGGAAACAUCUUCUUCUGUAGCAAAGAGUUCGAAAUUCGCCAUCCCGACUACAUUGAACAUCGUCGCCCAAUCUAUCACGGGAAUGAUUACUACGAAAUGUACUGGCAAGUCAAACAAGAAGCUUGGGUAGCAGCAGGACUAACCAUUGCCUCCCUCGGAAUCCUGUUCUGCCUAGCUAUACUGAUUUUCUUGAUUGUUCGUGUCUGCAUGGAUGACGUACUGGAAGGAAACCCCCUGAGCAGCAUACUGCUGUUGAUUAGCUUGAUAUUCCAGUUUGCAUCGUUUCUUCCUUUUAGUCUCGAAUACACGGGCUACAUGCCAGAUCUUCUACACAAAGCUGAUACCAUCUACACGUGGAAUACGCUAUGCACGGUCAAGAUCUUCCUCUUAUCAGUAUGCUAUUGCACAACGUUUUCCUUGCUGCUCUGUCGUGCUAUUAUGCUAGCGUCAAUUGGUAGCGAAGGAGGAUUCCUUUCGCACGUCAACGGCUAUCUUCAGAGUGUAAUUUGCAUGUUCAGUACCUUAGUUCAGCUGGGACUCUCUACGCAACUGGUCGUCGUUUUGCAUGCAAAUUCACACAACAUUUCUUGUAAUGAAAUCUACUAUGGAAACUGGUUCUGGGCGACCAUUGCCUACGAUGGGCUACUUCUGGCAGCGUUGAUCGUCCUGUCGCCAUACAUUUUUAGAUCUCAAAGAAACUAUCGGGAAGGAAUGCUCCUAGUAACAGGAUCGAUACUUUGCCUGGUGAUAUGGACAACGUGGAUACCGCUCUGUGUAUUUGGCUACGAGUGGCGGGAAGCAGCCGUGUCCUUGGGUUUGGUAGCAACUGCCCUUGCCGUCUUGGUGGGAAUCAUGAUUCCAAGAUGUUUCCUGAUGGUUCGCAGCAUCGCACGUUCCGAUCUCGUUCAAGCGCUUCCAUCGCUCACAUCACUUGCCUUUGCUCAAGCCAACCAGUACAUCUCGGAACAGAGUGUAUACGAAUGCGUCAACCCAGCAAUGCGACAGCAGAGGUCCAACACGACCGAAACUUUCAUGGAGCACGAUAUCGACGAUCCGUACAUGGCGACGAGCGAGAUUCCGACGCUGCCACUGAGGGGCAACCGAAGGAACCACCUUCAACCGGAACUGAACGGACUCAACGGAACGGCAACGGAUUUCUACGGAAUCACCAAUCCAUAUAGCUGUUCGGACUCGAUCGCAUCCGAACACUCGCCGAACAAAAUCACUCGAUUCUAGCACGGAUAGAUGCGGAUUUCGUUUAGUACUUUUUUAUUCGUUUCUGUGAGAAUGUCAUUCCAAAGAUAUUAGGAUUGUUAAGAAUUUGUGCUACUCGAACAACCACUUUAAGACCUUUUGAUCUAGUCAACGUAACUGUAUGCCUUAUUUAAGUGUAAAAUGAUUUCUCAAUUAUUUAUGUAUGUACAGGUAAGAAUAAACAAAUAAUGAAGUAUUGAUGAUGUACA